UUUAGUUGGACAAAUCAGUGCUUACAGCAUUGGCCACAGAGGACCAAGUUCAGAUGAACAAGAGUCUGGUGAAGCAUUGGUGUAAAUCUGCUGUUAUGAAGGAGAACCAAACAUUGUGGGGAGCACAGAGUCUUUCAGAAAAAAAAUAUAAAUGUAAGCAUCUGUUUGCGAACUCCUCUCUGUCAGACUUGGCCAUCGGUCUCAUCCUGCUCGUCUGCUCCUUGUUAGUCCUCUGCGGCUGCCUCAUGCUGCUGGUCAAACUGUUGAACUCCAUGCUAAAGGGCCAAGUGUCAAAUGUUAUAAACAAAAUCAUUAACACAGAUUCCCCCCCCCCUUUCACCUGGGUGACAGGUUAUCUGGCUCUGUUAGCUGGGGCUGGCAUGACAUUUUUGGUUCAGAGUAGUUCUGUCUUCACAUCUGCCCUUACACCACUCGUAGGGGUUGGUGUGAUUAGUCUGGAAAGGGUUUACCCUUUGACCCUGGGCUCCAACCUUGGAACCACAGGUACAGCUCUGUUAGCAGCCCUGGCUAGUCGUGCAGAAAAGUUAGCUGCUGCCACACAGGUUGCCUUAUGCCACUUUUUCUUUAACCUCUUUGGUAUCCUCCUUUGGUAUCCGAUACCAGCCACUCGUUUACCCAUACGAAUGGCCUCUGCACUCGGAAAGUGCGCUGCCAGGUACCGCUGGUUUGCUGUCCUCUACCUCGUCCUGUUUUUCCUGCUGUUCCCUUUGGUGGUGUUUGUUCUCUCCAUGGCUGGCUGGAAGGUGUUGACUGGAAUUGGUGUACCAGUCAUAAUAUUGAUUAUAUCUGUAGCAACGAUAAACUUCCUCCAAUCACGGAGACCUGAGUUUUUGCCGCCAAAACUGCAGAACUGGAACUUUCUUCCUGUUUGGCUCACUUCACUGCAGCCAAUGGAUGACCUCAUUACCAGGGUGACUCUUUGGUGUAGACAAACCAGAGACUGUCUAAGGAGAAACGACGGGCCAGACGCCACUGCAAGAGGAGAAUGGAAGGAGAGCAAGGAAUCACCAGAGACUGAUGAAGGCCAAAUAAACCAAAGAAAACAAUAUACACUGUGUUCCAAAUUAUUAUGCAGACUGGAUUUAAGUGUCAUAAAGAUUAACUUUUUUGUUGUGCUAUUAAAUUUGUAGAUGGUGUUGUGUGUC